UGUCCCCGCUCCGAGCCCCGCUCAGCCGCCGCCUCCCUCGCUCUGAUCCGGGAGGAGCUCGGGGAGAGCCCACGGAAAGUUUCCCGCAUUCAGCCCCCUACAUUGUGCCCGGAUCCCGAGCUGUGCCGCCCGGCUCCCCUCCCCCUCCCCUCUCCCGGCUCCCCCCGGUGUCCUGUCCUCCGUCCCUGGCUGGGAGUGUUGUUGUGAGCGGGGAUCUAACAUGGCGACGGUGCCUGUGUACUGCAUCUGCCGCCUGCCCUACGACGUGACCCGCUUCAUGAUCGAGUGCGACGCCUGCAAGGACUGGUUCCACGGCAGCUGUGUUGGCGUAGAGGAAGAUGAAGCACCGGACAUCGACAUUUAUCACUGUCCGAACUGCGAAAAAACUCAUGGCAAGUCUACAUUGAAAAAGAAAAGAAAUUGGCACAAACAGGACACAGGACAGACACCAGAAGUCAAGCCAGUUCAAAAUGGCAGUCAAGUCUUCAUUAAGGAACUCCGGAGUCGAACUUUCCCAAGGAGUGCGUCGAGUCGCAGAGAUGAGAUACAACAGGAAGUGUCCGAUGCUGAAGAUUCUAAUGGUGACUCUAGCUUCGCAAGAGAUGCUGAGGAUGUGGUGACUAAACUGAAUGGCAAUCAGCUGACAGUGGAGUAUUUUGAAGAAACUGGUUUUACAGAACCAAUUCUGGUGCCAAAGAAAGAUGGUCUUGGCAUUUCUGUACCCGCUCCAACCUUCUAUGUCAGUGACGUGGAGAAUUAUGUUGGUCCUGAGAGAGUGGUUGAUGUCACCGAUGUCACAAAGCAGAAAGACUGCAAGAUGAAGCUGAAGGAGUUUGUUGACUAUUAUUAUAGUACUAACAGAAAAAGAGUACUCGAUGUCAUCAACCUAGAAUUCUCAGACACAAGAAUGUCCAACUUUGUGGAGGCUCCAGAGAUCGUUAAAAAGCUCUCUUGGGCUGAAAACCAUUGGCCCGAUGACGCUCUUUUAGCAAAACCAAAAGUGACCAAGUAUUGUUUGAUAUGCGUGAAGGACAGUUACACCGACUUCCACAUAGACUCCGGAGGAGCCUCGGCCUGGUAUCAUGUGCUUAAAGGUGAAAAGAUUUUUUAUCUGAUAAGACCGACUUCAGCCAACAUCUCCCUCUAUGAGCGCUGGCAGUCGGCUGCCAAUCAUGGUGAGAUGUUCUUUGCAGAUCAGGUGGACAAGUGUUACAAGUGUACGGUCAAACAAGGACAGACCCUGUUCAUUCCAUCAGGUUGGAUCUACGCAACACUCACACCAAUGGACUGUUUAGCAUUUUCUGGGCACUUCUUGCACAGUCUAAGUGUAGAAAUGCAGAUGAGAGCAUAUGAAGUAGAAAAAAGAUUAAAAAUCGUCAGCCUCACCCAAUUCCCAAAUUAUGAGACGGCUUGUUGGUAUGUGGGAAGACACUAUCUUGAGAAGUUCAAAGCAUUACACAAGGCGGGGAAGCAGCCAGUACCACAUCUUGUCCUAGGGGCCAAAAUACUGAACGGAGCCUUUAGAACAUGGACAAAAAAAAAUGCUCUCCUAGAACAUGAAGAUGAACUUCCUGAACAUUUCAAGCCAUCACAGCUCAUCAAGGAUCUCGCCAAAGAAAUACGGUUAUCAGAGAAUGCAUCAAAGGUCACCAAGACAGACAUUAGUGCCAACACCAUCCCAGAAAGCAACAAUAUUAUCGUGGAGAAGAUUGAGAGCGAACCGAAAGAAGAACCUCCCUCGCCAGUGCCAGAAAGUCCACCACCUAUGGAAACAUUUACGAAAAAAAAGACCAAUAAAAGUGAAAAACUGUCAAAACCCCCCAAACCUCCUAAACCCCCCAAAGAGGCAAAACCUGUCAAAAGUGCCAAACCACCCAAAACUCCAAAACCACCUAAACCUCCCAAACCUUCGAAAAAUAAGGAAGGAGGCAAAAAGAAGGCAAAGAAGAUGAAAGACUCACCCGCAUCACCACCAACCACUCCAGACCUUGAUGUUCUCGAGGCCCACACUAAGGAUGCAUUGAUUAAAGUUGACACGCCAAAGAAGGUUGCGGUCCCCAAGGAGGAGAUAAAUACCCCCAGCAAGGAGGAGACAGCUAAACAGAACAAUGAUAUGGAAAAGUUUGAAAUGCGGGACCAGAAUAAAAUCAAAACAGAAGCAAAGUGGAAAUAUAAGAACAGCAAGCCUGAUUCUCUCCUAAAAAUGGAAGAGGAGCAUAAAUUGCAAAAAAAUCCAUUUUCAGCAAUUAAAGACAGUAAAUUCAAGUUUUCUUUCUCUGGCAAGAAGCUGUUCAGCCCCAAGGGAAUCAAGCCACCAAACAGUCCCAGCAUCUUCGGAUCCCUUCAGAAUUUUAAAGAAGAUAAAAACAAGCCAGUCAGAGAUGAGUAUGAAUAUGUUUCCGAUGAUGGUGAGCUGAAAAUUGAUGAAUUUCCCAUCAGAAGAAAGAAAUCAACGACAAAGAGAGAUCUAUCAUUUUUAUCAGAUACAAAGGAAUCUCCGCCACUGGUACCGCCCAAGAAGCCCAAAAUCCAAGAGAAGUAUAAGAGUGACGACUCGUCAGACGAGGGAUCUCUUCACAUUGACACAGAAGCAAAACCAGCAAGAAAUUCCAAAGUGAAAAAAGACAGUGCAAGCGCAGGGGGGAUUCUGGACCUCUUGCAAGCCAGUAAAGAAGUUGGUGGCUUGGAUUACAACUCUAAUAGUCAGCCACCUGCAUCUCCAAGCACACAAGAAGCAAUACAGGGCAUGUUGUCAAUGGCUAACUUGCCUUCAGACUCCUGUCUACAAACAUCAUGGAGCACAAACCAAGCAAAAAACAAUUCCAUAUCAGCUCAGAACUCAAAGAAAUCAAGCAGCAACAACAGCAACAACAAAUGUGCAAGCAAAAGGCCCAGUAAGAAAGUAACAAAGAACAGUAGUAUCACCAUGGAUGACUAUGAGGAGGAGCAAGAUAACCUGGGAGCAUGUUUUAAAGACUCUGACUAUGUUUACCCAUCUCUCGAGUCAGAUGAAGAUAACCCUGUGUUCAAAUCUCGAUCAAGGAAAAGAAAAUGUUCUGAUGAUGCUCCAUAUAGCCCCACAGCAAGAGUCGGACCAUCCAUACCCCGACAAGACAGGCCUAUCCGUGAAGGUACGAGGGUUGCCUCUAUUGAAACUGGACUUGCAGCUGCUGCAGCCAAGUUGUCUCAGCAGGAGGAACAAAAGGUCAAGAAGAAAAAGAACACAAAAAAGAAGCUUUCACCCAACAAUACAAUAAAACUAUGUCAGGAAAGCAGUUCUCCUGAAGCCACAAAGCUGGAAUCCUUGGGGCCUAGCCUAGCGGACCACGAGUACACGGCCGGUGUCAGUACGUUUGGUGUAGCCCAAGUAAACCGAGGGUCCCAGCCUAUGGCCCCCGGGGUGUUCCUCACACAAAGAAGACCGUCUGUGUCUUCCCAAAAUAACUCAGCUGCCAAAGAACCCUUUCAGAAUGAGUCAUGUGACACAAGCGGGCAGGACCUGUGUCUUAAGUACAAAAGGACAGCUGGGAACGAGCACAAAAGCGAAAAAGGUAAACGUACAAAAAAAGGCAUGGCAACAGCAAAGCAGAGGCUUGGGAAGAUCCUGAAAAUCCACCGGAAUGGAAAGCUUCUCCUUUAGUGUUUGCUAAGACAGACUUUUUCUUGUGGCUAGUGGACCCCACAAGCUGACACUAAACCUUGAACUCUUGCAGGACUGCAGUGGCGCUCUGCAGACAUUGUUGGAGGAACCCACCCUGCUCUACCUUCCUGCCACCACUUUAGUAAUUCUUUUUAACUUCCAGCAGUUGACAUGUACAGAAUACUGCUAAUAUUUUUUAAUAAUAAUAAUAAUGUCCUUUCUCAAAUUGCUGAGAGUGACUAGUUUGCAGGAAAGAAGAAAACAAAAAAAAAA